GUCGAGCCAAGUGUCUGUGUAGGAGUCCGGGACCAGGGCCUGUCUGGGCCACAAGAGAAUGGAUCGGGUGUGGAGUGCGUGGUGUGGCAAAUGUGCCAAAGGAAAAGGGUCGUCGCCGCUCUGGGCCCAGCGCAUCGUGGUCGCCUGGCUCAACAGGGCCGAGUGGGACCAGGUGAUGGUGUAUCUGUUCUGCGAGGACCAUACGUUGCAGCGGUAUGCGCUGAACCGUAUCACUGUGUGGAGGAGCAGGUUAGGCAACGACCUUCCCCUGGCAGUGGCUUCUACCGCUGACCUGGUACGCUGUAAACUCAUGGAUGUGACUGGUGGCUUGGGCGCUGAUGAACUUAGUCUGCUCUAUGGCAUGGCAUUAGUCAGGUUUGUGAAUCUUAUCUCGGAGAGGAGAACAAAGUUUGUCAAGCUUCCCCUCAAGUUCCUGGCUCAAGAGGUGAACAUUCCAGAUUGGAUUGUUGAACUUCGUCAUGAGUUAACCCACAAGAAAAUGCCUCAUAUAAAUGAUUGUCGCAGAGGCUGCUACUUUGUCUUGGAUUGGCUUCAGAAGACCUAUUGGUGCCGCCAGUUGGAGAACAGCCUGAGAGAGUCCUGGGAGUUGGAGGACAGGGAAGAAACAGAUGAAGAAGACCAAGAGGAAGAUAAGAACAUUGUUGUUGAUGACAUCACAGAACAGAAACCAGAGCUUAAGGAAGAUGUGAAAGGCACAGAGGUGGAUGUCAGGGCUGAUGAAGAGAGCAAAGAGGUGGAUUCACAUUUGGAAAAGGCUCUGAGGCGUAAACAGUUAUAUGAAAGAGUCCGAGAACUGCUGGUAUCUUACGAAGAGGAGCAAUUUAAGGUACUGGAGGAAUUUAGAAAUUUACCUCAGGCUGUAAAGGUGUGGAAUAACCUAUCCCCACGUGUAGAAUGCAUCCUGGCAGAGCUCAAGAACAUUACACGGGAGAACAGUGAGGCUGUGCUGGAUGCUUUUCUGGAUGAUGGCUUUCUCAUCCCCACAUUUGAACAGUUGGCAGCCUUGCAGAUAGACUAUGAAGAUGGGCAGACUGAGGUCCAGAGAGGGGAAGGUACUGACCCAAAGUCACACAAAAACGUGGACUUGAAUGACAUCCUGGUGCCAAAGCCAUUCUCUCAAUUCUGGCAGCCCCUGCUUAGGGGCCUUCACUCCCAGACCUUCACGCAGGCCUUGCUGGAGAGGAUGCUCUCUGAGCUGCCAGCCUUGGGGGACAGCGGGAUCCGGCCAACCUACAUCCUCAACUGGAUCAUUGAACUGAUCGUGGCCAACACCAAGACUGGACGAAAUGCCCGCCGCUUUUCUGCAAACCACUGGGAAGUGAGAAAGAGCUGGAGACUGUUCAGCUGCCCUGCUUCCCUUGACUGGCCUCGGGUGGUUGAAUCUUGCUUGGGCUCACCUUGCUGGGCCAGCCCCCAACUCCUUCAGCUUAUCUUCAAAGCCAUGGGGUCGAUCUUGCCAGAUGAGGACCAGGAGAAGCUGCUGCGCAUCUGCUCCAUUUAUACCCAGAGUGGAGAAAACAGCCUGGUGCAAGAGGGCUUAGAGCCUUCUGCAAUGGAGAAGUCUCCAUAUACACUGGACAGCCUAUAUUGGACCUUCAAACCAGCUGGCUCCAGCUUUGAGUCUGAAGGAAAGUCUCAGGAGCAGGGUACCCUUAAUGAUGACAAGGAAGAUGAGAAAGAGAUCUUGGAAGAGCAAGUGGAUGAAGAGGAAGAUGAUGACCAGAAGGGGGAAGAAGAAGAUGAUGGAGAUGAUAAUGAAGAUGAUGAGGAAGACAGAAUGGAAGUGGGGCCUUUCUGGAUGGGGGGGGAGGAGUUCCUCACUGCUGAGAAUGCCAGGCUUCUGGCCCAGAAAAGAGGAGCUUUGCAGGGAUCUGUGUGGCAAGUUAGCUCAGAAGAUGUGCGAUGGGGCACAUUCCCCUUAGGCCGAAUGCCUAGUCAGACUGAGGACCCAGCAGAGCUUAUGCUGGAGAAUUAUGACACCAUGUAUCUUUUGGAUCAGCCUGUGCUAGAGCAGCGGCUGGAACCCCCGAUGUGCAAGACUGGCAGCCUGGGCCUAAGCUGUGGCAUCGGCAGUGCCAACUGCAGCAACAGCAACAGCAACUUCGAGGGCCUUCUCUGGAGCCAUGGGCAGCUGCAUGGGCUCAAAACUGGCCUGCAGCUCUUCUGAUGUGAGCCCUGGUGCAAGUGUGCAUCCAACCCUUCCAAGGCAACAGCCCAUUCCCCAUUGUGCCUGAUGUUCCAUGAAAUAACCUGGGAGACAGCCUGAAUCAGCUGAUGUUUCCACUGUGGUGGGAUUUUUAAUAUGUUUUGGAGGUUUUGUUGUUUUGAAAAACAAUAAACAGGCAACU